AGCGAAGUCAAUGCGGUAGAAGGCGACAUCAGUUUUCAUAACCGACAAAGUCCUCGGUCAAAAUUGAAAGUAAUUUAGUCGAAUUCUAACCGUACCGUUUGCUCAGUACUCAACUUGACUGCAUCCGACGCGUAUCUGUGUUCUUGAAAAUCGACCUAAGCAAUGAACCUGCGAAUGCGAGUAGUAAUUAUUAGUGCUCUGAUAUCGAAUAUCGCUGCCUGGGAAUGUUCCAAACCAGGAAGAUUUCGAGCUCCAGAGGAAGAGGACGAUAGCUGUGAAUUGUACGUGACAUGUAUACCGAACCCGGAUAGUACUUUCGAGAUGAGAAAUGACCAAUGCAGCUCUGGAAGCUUGUUUAGUGCCAAGUAUCAACGUUGUAUAGUUGGUGACGCCUGUGAUAGUUUGGAAGAUUUUUACUCCAUCGAGUAUGAGUGCAAAGAAUGUGGCAAAUAUGUUAAUAUUAAAUCGCAGGAUUGCCGUCAAUUCGUGAAUUGUUUGAAAACUAAGGACCCUGGAGUGUACGUUCCUAUCAAGCAAAAUUGUCCAAAAGAGCAAGUUUUUUCUGCCAAAACAUUGUCCUGUGUGGAUGAAUCUGAAUAUCAGUGUCCGCCUAUAGUCCUGAAAUUCCUAUCCGACUUCGUGUGCCUAGACGUCGGUAGAUAUCCCGAUGAAUCCGUACCGAAUUGUCAUGGUUACCGACUUUGCUCCAAGUUACGGAAUGGAACACUGGUAUCAAAGAAUUUUCUUUGUGAAAAUAAUACUAUUUUCUCGGAAACUGAACGUUCAUGCGUACCGUCAGAUACCUACGAUUGCCCGGAUGAUGGGAACAACGACUUUAUCUGCCCUGGUGUUGGACGUUACCCAGAUAAAGUAUCCAAAACAUGCGAAACGUACCACAACUGUGUUCUAAAUUCUAAAGGAAUUUUAAGAUCUUCCGUAUCCACAUGCCCAAGAGGAACAAUUUUCUCCGCCAUAACAUCGAAAUGUGUUUCGUCGUCGGAGUACGUAUGCCCAACUCAACUAGCUGAAAUGGAACUAUUCGCACAGAAUACCGGUAAUGAGCUCAUCUCCAUCGCAAAUGCAGUUGCAAGUGAGGAGGAGGUAGCUGUUUGCACAAAGUCCGGGCGAUUUGCCAAUGAAGAUGAUGAGCUUUGCGAGACAUACUAUCUCUGUUCACGAGAUCCGCAAGGUAAUUGGUUCAAGGUCAUUGUGCGAUGUCCGCCUGGUUCGCUAUUUUCUUCUGAACGAAAACGAUGUGUUGGUAGCGAAGAAUUCACAUGUCCAGUAGCAACAACGGAACCCUCGCCAACUACAACCACUGAUAUUAGUCGCAUUGAAUGUGUCGGAGCUGGUCGCGUCCCAAACACCGAAGACGUUACCUGCAGAACAUAUUUUUUAUGCUCAUUAAACUCGGAUAAUGCACUUAUAAGAGCUCAAUUCAGUUGUCCGCAAGAUUCGGUGUUUUCUGCGCAAUUGAAUAAAUGCGUAAAAGGCGAUGGAAUUCCUCAUUGUAGUAAAACAACCAUUACAACGUUACCGGACAAUUCUGACGAAUCAGGUGAUGGUUUGGAUACAACGACGAACGUUCAGGUGAUAUCAGAGACAACUCACACAUUUGGGGGAACGUCAGUCAGUGAAUCAUUGGCCUUGUCUUCCAAUAGUGAACCCAUCAAUUCAACUACAACUCAAGCAACAACCUACGAAUAUCCCUGCACCGCGACCGGACGAUUCGCAGACAUAAACUCAGUGAACUGUCGAUCGUAUUUCCUCUGUACGGAUGACAAAUCAGGUGGUAUCGUUUCAGUCCAUCUCAACUGUCCCAGCGGAAUGGUUUUCUCGCGGAACGAAAAUAAAUGCGUUGUUUCCACUAAAUAUCUAUGUUAGAUUGGCUCUGCCAUCUGAAAAGAAGUGUAUGUUUUAAAAAGCCUGAUCCCAAAUAAAUGUUUAGAAAAAAGGUAAUGUUUGCAUGAUGCUGCAAUUCGAGUAAGUUGGGCUAGCUCUUAACUUGUACGCAAUAAGUAAUUGUAAAUUAAAGCUUAAACUCAUGACGAAAUAAAACCCACGCUGCGGCAUGCAAACGGUGAAAGUUGUGGUUUUUUUUU